CCUAUCACAAAAACCACAAAUUACGACUCAAUUCACAAAUAUCAUUUCUAUAAACUCCGUCAAAACAUACCUUAAUUCGAAAAAUGGGGGGCUCUACUAGCUCUUCCUCUAAAUCCAAGACAACCACAACCAAAAACAAAACCAUCAAAGACACAACAUUAACAUGCGCAGGCAACCUCAUCAAGCUCCUCCCAACUGGCACGGUCUUCUUGUUCCAGUUCCUCAACCCUGUCUUGACCAACAACGGCAAAUGCACCGCUGUCAACAAAUAUCUAAGCGCCAUUCUCAUCGGUGUUUGCGGCUUCUCCUGCUGUUUUUCUUGCUUCACAGACAGUUACACAGGCAGUGAUGGACAAACACACUAUGGGGUGGUAACAAGCAAGGGGCUUUGGCCCUCGACAAGUUCUAACACUGUGGACUUGUCUGCGUACAAGCUUAGGUUUGGGGACUUUGUGCAUGCCUUCCUUUCCUUGAUUGUGUUUGCAGUUUUAUCACUUUUGGAUGCCAACACUGUCAGGUGCUAUUAUCCAGGGUUUGAGUCCACCGAGAAGAUUUUGCUACAGGUGUUGCCUCCGGUUAUAGGUGCAAUUGCCGGAACUGUUUUCUCUGUGUUCCCUAAUAAACGCCAUGGAAUUGGGUACCCGUCGUCAAGUUCUGAUUCUUCACAGGAUUCGGAGUCGGCAGCUUCCUAAGCUCUUGAAGUAUGACUUGAUUCACAAGACUCAAAGUGGUAAAUAUAACUAAUAAACGCCAUGGAAUUGGGUACCCGUCAUCAAGUUCUGAUUCGUCACAGGAUUAGGAGUCGGUGGCUUCCGAAGCUCUUGAACUAUUACUUGAUCCACAAGACUCAAGUGGUAAAUAUAGUAAAAGUGUGCUCACGCAAGUUUAUGGUUUUCAUAUUGUUUGUUUAGUAGUUUGCCUAAGUUUGAUUAAUCCUUUUUCCUUCUCUCUUUGGAAUGAAUGUAGCAAGUUUUUACCGUG